AUGGAAUCACACGCCUCUCCCAAGACCGCCUCGGUGCCCUCUUCCGGGACUUCUCCCGGAACUUCUCCCGUGGGUUCUUCAAAGCGUCAAGCAGAGGACCCUUCCGGAGGUCAAUCCAAGCGUGCCAGAACCGUAAGCGGACCGAGACCUGCCCGAUAUGGUACUUUUGAAACCUCACAAGUUCUGCUCGAACAGCGUGCAAGCAGCAGCAGCAGCAGCCAGGCAGCACCCCCUUCAGUCAAGCUUCCCUGGAAGAAUGCUGGCCUUCGCAGGCACCUGCUCGAAAUGCUGUCCUCCAACCCAGACAUCGAGCCAGAAGUGGUGAAAGCCCUUGUCUACGAGUUCAGUUUUUUCUCGUGCAAGGCAUCUGCUCUUGAUGUAGCCCAAACGCGCAGUGCAAGUUUGAAGAACAAGGACGCAACGCACCCCCAAGGAAAGCCUCUCCGAGCCGUGGAUGAGCUUCUUGAUUGGAUUCAGACGUGGCUCACAAAACAAGAUUCCGCACAGAUUCGAGAGUCUCUUGAGGCCCUGCUGAAAACACUUAAACGGCGCUCGCCCUCCCAACAUGGUGGCGAGUACCCCCUCGUCGACCUGCAAGUGGCAACCAAAGCUCUGGAAGCCAACAUGACCAACAGGCUAAACGCUUCAAAGAACCAAACCGAGGCACGAUUGGAAUACCGAUCGUCCAUCGCCUCGACACUACCCGGUGCUGGCAAGUCCCGCCUUUGUUCCGAGUUCGUCAAAAACAUUGCCCCCAAGUUCUUCAAGGAUCAUCAGCUGCAUGGGGUUUGCUUAUCCACUAUGUUCAAUUUCUUGCACCCAUUUGACUCGUCAAAUGACUGGACCAUCGUCAUGGGAGCCCACCACGAGCACGCUCUCUCAACUCGUCUCUUGUCGGCGUACUUUGACAUUGAAACCAAGGUUUUUCAGCGCAAUUUUUUGCAAACUGGUAGCUUCCAAGCGGCGGCGUGCUUGAGGCUCGUUCAGGAGUUUGAAUUCGAGCUCCGUCAUGGACGCAAACCUGGCGAAGGUGAUGAGUUGCCGUACCUCGCGAUUGCUAUUGAUGAAAUCAACAGACUACUUGUAGAGCCGGACAGCGCUCUCGUUCCCCCUGAUGUCAAGGGCGACGCUCAACGACGGCGUCAUCUGCUCAAACAAACGUUGAUGUCUCUCAAGGAGGCUGCUGCGGCAGGCCAGCGUUUUUUUGUGCUCUACGCAGGAACUAUACCUGAUCAGCUCACUUCAGGUCUGACAGAGACGGGACACACACAACCCGCUGGGGUCAGCAGCUUGGCGGUUGACCCUGUACCUUUGCCGCCGUUCAAGAGCAGGCAUAUUGCCCAAUUUGCCGACUAUGUGGCCGCAAAAUUGGAUCGUUACAAGGAUUCUCCCCAAGUUUGGCGGCUCGACGCAUCCAUUGUGCAUAAACUUCGCAUUUGUGGCGGUUUGCCACGCCACAUUGAGGUUGCGCUUGGUCUACCGUUUCACACAGCGAUCGCAACACCAACGAUCAGCAUUCCCUCUUUGAUCGAGCUGGUACAUUUUUGCGCAUUCACGCGCACCGAUGAGCCACAGGAAAGCGACAAGCUCGGCUGGAUCAGCUCAGGAGCAGCUUUCGUUGAUGACAUUCCGAGUGGCAGCUCUGUCUUUCAAUUCAACUUGUUUAUGAGGCUUGAUCUUGAUUCACCAUCCGGCAGUUCGCCUGACGCUUUUGGUCAACGGCUGCAGGAUUGUCUUCAGAAGAUUCGCGAGGGCGUGAAUCAUCCUCCUUCUGCGCCCGAUUUGUGGGAGCGAAUCGUUGUUGCCCUUUUCAAUCUGCGUGUGAGGGCGUUUCUGGCCAAGGAAGUGAAGAAACUCGCAACGAUGCCAUCCUCGAUUGAUGUGCCUCUUGAGCAAGUGCUGCCAGGUGUCACGUUUGGCCCGGGUUGCGCAAAUCUUAAGCUUCGAUUGACACCGGAAAACUGGAGACAGGGAGGCCAAUUUAUGCAACUCGCGGAGCCCUGCACACCGGGAAUUGACAGCUACCUGGAAGUUACAGUCGUCGAUUCUGCCAACCAACUGUCCGAGGCCGUCAUUGGUCUCCAGAUGAAGCUUCAUAUGGACCUUCCAACAACAGGUCCUGUUGAAUUGCAAACCUUUGAACGGGAUGCCUUUAACUAUCUCGAAGGAAAGUAUCCCGGCAAGACCUUGUUCGUCGGUAUAAUGUCCACUUCUAGGUUUGAUGCUCCGAGCCCUGCGCAGAACGCAUGGGUACUGGAGCGUGACAAGUUGAACGACUUUGCUCAAGGAUUUCAAGUCGCCGUUCAGAGUGCAUACAUGUUUGACCCGCAUCAUAGCUCUGCCUCGCACAUCGCGAGUUUUCUGUAUCCGUCGAAGCCACAGAAAGUUUGCAACGCCCUUGCUCGCCUGAUAGUCGAGACUCGCGCGUCACUUCGCCCACUAUUCACAACUGCAAGCCAGUUGCACCAGUUUUUGAUCGCGAACAUUGGUCGAUCGAGGACAGUCUCGUGGACGUCUGGCAAAAAUAACCAGGAGCGACAUGAGUUCACGCUCCAGCCCGAUGAUGUUCCGUCCGUUGAGCAGCUGUGCUGGUACUUGGCUUUGCCUGAAGACCCCGUCGCAGCCACUGCCGGUUCGUCCUCGAGCUCUUCGGCCAUCUGA